AUUUGAUGAAUAUAAUGAGCGCAGUGUUGUCUAUAGUUUUUACAUUGUUUUUCAGCGAGAAAGAAGUCUCUCUCUGAUCGACCACAUGAGUCGCAUAUGUAGGUGAGUUCAACGAAAGUUAACAGUUCUUGUACCUGUCCCGUGAGUUUUACCACUUUAAGAACGAAUCACAGUGUUGCUGGUUUCGUGAAAUUUAUCAUUGUCGUUUUAUAGUGAACUGUGUCUUAGUGGUUUGAUAAAAGAUAAACAUGUGUGGUUGGACUUUCCUACAAUGCGAUGACUAUUAUGUGUGAUUAUACCUACUACUUUGUGUAAGAAGGCAGUGAGAUUGUUGAAAGAAGCAAGUUAAAAGCAAUAUUCAGGCCGAGGAUCGUCUGCCUGGAGUGUUUCGGCAUCAAAAACAUAUGAAAAACUGCGUAUAUCGAUCAAACUUUUGUCAAGGAUAACAACAAUUCAAAUGUGCCAUUAAGAAGUAACACAAGGAAAAUUGUGCAUGUGUUGCGACAUGGAAUACAACCUUUUGAGUGUUACGUUUUUUAUGGCCAUCACAACAGCGUGUGUGUUUGCAGCAGGUGACCUGAAUGACCCGUGCCAAUUAGUAGAACAAUGUAAUAAUUUUGGAAAUUACCACGGAUAUUACUGUGGACAAAACAGAACCUGUCAAUGUAUGAUGAACUACGUCCCUAAUAAACAUCGAGAUAAGUGUGUAGGAAUCAUUGACCAGAGAUGUGUUUACGACGAACACUGUAUAGAAGGUGCUUUUUGUUUGAAUCAAAAUUUGUGUAAAUGUAAAUAUAACCUGGAACCCAGUCCCGAUAAGAGAUCGUGUUCACGUAAAUUCCCUGAGAUUGAUUCCACAACAAAUGGUUUUCCUACCUGCAAUCAUGAUAUUUUCCUCGAAAUAUCUCCAUUGGUUUCUGUAAACAUAUGUAGUAUUUCCAGAAAAGAAUGUGAAGAGAAGAAUGAAAUCGUUGAUGACACCGUCAGUGAAAAAACUCAAAGAAAAAAGACAAUGUGUACAAAUUUUAGCAGAUACAGUGGUAGAUAAGUUCAUGGAAUUGUGAUAAAGUGAUACUUAAGUAUUUUUUUUUAUAUUCUAGUCUUUUAAUUUUUUUUGCUGUUGAAAAUAAUAGACGAACAUUUUUUUCGGUAUCGGAUAGCACAUGCAAACUUUUUAGCUCAGUUAUUUUGCAAAUUCAAGAGCUUACUUUUUUAUUGACGAAUAUGAAACAUUCCGAUCAUUGGAUCAUAUACAAAAUGAAAAAAAAUCUUGAAAUCUUUCAGAAAUUGAAUUUAUAGAAUAUUUGAUACAACCCAAAAUUUAUCAUUCACUCACCGAAGAAUUUUAGAAUUAUCAUGAUCAUUCAUAUCGCACAAAUAAAUUGCAAAGUUUCAAUUGUUGAGUGAUCAAAAAUGUAUCAAAUCUAUGUUCAAAGCGUUAUGUACUUAGUAUUUCCAAUUGUAAAUAUGUUAAUGAUUCAAUCUUUAUUGUUAAAUCAUUUUGAAUUAAUAAAAUUAUUGUAUCUUGUU